AGAAAAUAAUGCAUCAUCUGUUUAGUGUGAGCAUUAUUCAGCAUUUCAUCAGUUUAAUUCAGAGCAAAAAUUGAGAGCUCUAAAUGUCGGGGAAGACCGAAAACGCUGGAAAAAUCCCUGCGAAAUAUGACGACAAUCUGGUGUUGUUCCUUUGUCGUGGUUCGGAGCGGAAGAAAGUUAGUUUUCGAACGCGUGACGCCGUUCCCAAGUUUAAAUUCAAGGCACGACAGAGCUUGGAGAAACUGUUGUCCAAUGUAAAAGGAGACUCUGUUGAGCUUGAAAACAAAUUACAGUCUGAGACGCUCUCGCGAACCCAGCAUGAGAGAGAGGCCGAAGAGCACAGGGAACUGUGGGAAUCGGAAGUGAGAUCAAGAACAAAGCUCGGAGCGAAGAUCGCAGAGAUGGAAAAGCGGUUGGAUGAAGCUCGGGUGGAGAUCGAAGAGGAAAAACGUAGAACGCGUAAAGCUCUGGAAGCGAAAAAGGUUCUUGAAGCUAAGCUAGAAGCCAGUGACCAAAGAACAUCUCAGCAUCAAAGAGAAGUCGUUGCUCUUAAAACACAGCUUAAGGCUUACAAACGACGUUUCAAAGAAUACGAAUCUUCGGAGAGCCGGAUACCAGCUCUUCGAGUUGAAUUUGACAAGGAGCGAUCUGCCAUGGAGUCGCAUAUUACUUCAUUACGAAGACAGUUGGAUAAUCUGGGCGAGAGGCUUCACCAAGAAUCGGAGAAUCGCUCACGAGCUGAGUUGACUUGCAAACAACAGCAACAAGAACUAUCGGCAGCGAAAGCUCAGGAAAAGCGUCUUCUCUUUGACCAAGAACGUCUACAACUGACCAAUAGACAACUUGAGGAAGAAGUUGGAAGGUUAAAGGCGUUCUAUGAAAGUAAUUUUGUGGAGAAAGGCCAGCUGGAGGCAUACAAGCAGGAGCUAGAGGCUAAGUCCCGCUUUGAGUUAAAUCGUAAAUUAGAGGAAGUCAACGCUCAUUUAGAAGAACAGGCUGCUGCAAGGGAGAAACUUGACAAACUGCGCGAAGCAAACGAACUGAAGACAAGGAAAGAGCUGGAGAUGACUAUAACAGACUUAAAGACCGACGUGGCAAGAAUGCGAGCCGGAUUCCAUGAAAGCCAAACGCGGAAAGAAACCCUAGACGCUGAAGCUAAAAGAUACAAGGAUCUAUACGAGAGUGAAUUAAAGUCAAAAGAUAGGCUGGCGAGCCGCUUGUACAAAGCAAAUGAGAAAAUGGCGGAGUCUCAAGCGCUACUCAAUCUGGAGAGAUCUCGGAGAAAUUUCGAUGGAUUAAAGCGGGACACAUCUCCGCAUCAGUUUAGCUCGGGUGGCAUCUUGAAUGGUUCACCCACAACAAGCCCUGAUAGAAUGUACUCCAAGGGGGACGGGCAGUUAAUGAAGGCUGUGGAGGAUGAACUAAACAAAAGUAUCAAGCGUCAUUUGGAAAGUGCUCCUUUGACAUCAGACCUCGAUCUCAAGCCGAGCCUGCUAAGUGAUGGGGACAGCGGUUCUUACGGACCGCUGACCGCAUCGUCCAAGCAAUACAUGUCAGUUUUACGGAAGAACUACUUUGUGUAGACUACACACGGUGUGACUUGGAAACUAAAUUAACCGUUUUGUGUGUGAAAAGUGGCCUCAAAGGCUUAUACUGCUACUAAUAACAAUUUAUGAAAUAACGGACCAGUCUUCUUGGUCCAUAUUUUAUACUGCGUCGAAAAUAUUCUCUUUACAGAAAAGACGUUUAAGAUUUCUUUUUAGAGGAAAUGCCAAUUUAUAUAAAAUUCAGAACAAAAUUAAGUUUAUCAAUAUUCUUUGUAGUAUUUGUAUGUAUGUAAUAUCAUAUCAUAUUUGUAAUAUAGGUCAGUUUGACAGAUUGCUUCAUUGGCCAUCUGUAAUAUUUAUUUCACUUUUUCCAUGCAGUCAAACGCUUUAAUUGCUACAUUUAAUUUUGUACGUGUAUUCAAAACGACGUUUUUAUACAGAAUUAAAAGUCUAUUUUUCGA